CAGGUGCAUUUCAACGAGGGGCGGACAGUGUACAUCAAGCUGGACGUGGUGGUGGACGGGGUGCUGGCCCUGCGGUGCCUGGAGCAGUUUCCCCCGACCAGCGCCGGCCCGCAGGACCCCGAGCUGCACGUCUGCCAGGUCUCCGGGCUCCUGCUCCUCCAGCCGCACUCCGUCCUUCGCCUCCGCACCAUCCGCGACGUGAGGCUCAAGGCUGAGCCCUAUCUGACCUUCUUCGGCCUCUUCCAGGUGCACUGAGCCCGGAGCGGUGGGGCAGGACUCCUGGGUUCCCUGGGAGAGCAGUGGUGUUGAGUGGCCGGAGCAGGACGGGGCUGGGAGCCAGGACUCCUGGGUUCUAUCCCCAACUCUGGGAGGAGAGUGGAGUCCAGUGGUUAGAGCAGGGGGGGGCUGGGAGCCAGGACUCCUGGGUUCUCUCCCUGGGUCUUGUAGGGGAGUGGGGGCUGGUGGGUUAGAGCAGGGGGGGCUGGGAGCCAGGACUCCUGGGUUCUCUCCCCGGCUCUUCCUGUCCCCAAUGCUCAGGGUGGGGAUAAAACACCCAACCAAAGCCCUGACCCCCACAGCAGGGGAAAGUGGCACAUGGGGGGGGGCGCGCGCAGUGCCCCUUGUUGCCACCAGGGGGCACACGGCUGCUCUCGGCUGGCUGGCCUGCCUGCCUCGCCCACCACGCGACAGCAGUGGCGGCCAUUAGCACGCCGGGACCACCGAUGCCUGAUUGGCUGCACCAUGGGUGGGCGGGGCACACACACACCGGUGCCCGUGCGGGGUGGGGCCGGGACUCAUGGGACACAGAGUAUUUUAUACCAGAAACAAUUAUUAAAAGGAGAAUUAAAAUGC